GCCGCUCGGGCCACGGGCCCCAGUGACCGGAGGCGCGGAGGGUCAAGCCUCCUCCCCCCCCCCUCCCGCGCGUGCGGUGCGCGGCCGCAUGUGGGGCGCAGGCGGCGGAGUCUCCACCUCUUCUGGCAACUGGAACCUGUGGCUGCCAAGCUCCAUUAGAGCUAUCAGCGGCCGGAGGGACGCGCUGCGCGCCGAGGGCGGGUGGCUGUGGUGUUUGAUUUUAAAAUACUCCUUUUUCGUUGUUUUCUUUCCUCCCUUUGCAAAGGCUCUGGGCUGAGCAAGACCGCUCCGGAGCCUGCCCGCCGCGCUCAGCCUCCCGCCGGCCGAAGCCGGGGUCCCGCCGCCGCGGGCACCGGAGCGCCGGAGGCGGCCCAUGGCUGCCCCGCCGGGCGCCGCGCCCCGCUGAGCUCCGAGGGCACUGGAGGCGAUCGCGCCUCUCCUGCCGCCGGCUCGGGUCGGAAGCAGAGCGGCCACCAUGGUCCGGUGCUGGUGGCUCGCCGGGCUGCUCUUAGCUUGCGCGGGCGCGGAGCCGCCGCUGCGCUGGGAGCCGCGGUGCCGGCAGCAGCUCCGCCACCUGCAGGACGGCGCCAGGAUCGCGGCGCGGCUGCCGCCCCGCCUGGAGGGCCGCUGGGUCUCCACCGGGUGUGAGGUGCGGCCGGGGCCCGAGUUCCUCACCCGAUCCUACCUCUUCUACGCCAACCGCCUCUUCAAGGCUUACCAGUUCUACUACUGGGACCCCUCCUGCCGCGACCCCUCCUACUCACUGGUCAUCAAGGGCAAGCUCCGGCUGCGCCAGGCCUCCUGGAUCACCCGUGGGGCCACCGAGGCCGAUUACCACCUCCACAAAGUCGGCAUCGUCUUCCACAGCCAGAAAGCCAUGCGGGAGGUGGCCUCCUGGAUCAACCAGACCUCUGGCGAGGGCUGCAGUGGGUUCCUGCCCCCAGGGCGCACUUGGGCUCCCGGAGCCCUCUAUGAACUGCUGAGCGCCAAGACCGAGCGCGACUGCACGGCUGCCUUGGGCUUUGCCAUGCAUGAGCUCAGCCUGGUGCGCGUGGAGCAGCAUUACCAGCCCUUGCUGCAGCCGCAGCAGAGCGGGAGCCGGCUGGUGGAGGAGCUGUACCUGGGGGACAUUCACACGGAGUGGCAGGAGAGGCUCCACUACCGACCCACCGGUUACCAGCGACCUCUGCAGAGCGCCAUGCACCAUGUGCAUCCUUGCCCUGCCUGUGGGAUCAUCUACAGAGCGGAUGAGCAUCACCCACCCAUACUGCCCAUGACAGCGCAGCUGCCGAUGCAGCUCAGCGGCAGCUGGGUGAGCACCCACUGCGAGGUGAGACCUGCGGUGCUGUUCCUGACCAGGUACUUCAUCUUCCACGGUAACAACCACACUUGGGAAGGUUACUACUACCACUACUCUGACCCACUCUGCAAACAGCCGACUUUCACCAUCUAUGCAUCUGGGCAUUACACACAAGGCAUCCCCUCCUCCAAAGUGCGAGGUGGCACAGAGCUGGCUUUUAAAGUCACCCAGGCUCGGGUGACGCCAAUGGACCAGGUGACGGUGACGAUGCUGAACUCCUCCGAACCUGGAAGCUGUGGGCUGGCUGGCUCCUGGAGCACUGGGGUGGAGCAGGAUAUAACACCCACAAACGGGUGCCUGGCUUUGGGCAUCAGGCUGCCCCACACAGAGUAUGAACUGUUCAAAACAGAGCAAGACGCAAAGGAGCGCAGCCUGCUGUACAUCGGCGAGAGGCCCACGGACGGCUCCAGUCCUGACCGCCCGGACAAGCGGCCCACCUCCUAUCAGGCACCUCUGAUUCAGUGCGCUGGAGCACCAGAGGAAUUAUCUAACUAUGUUAGUCUAAAAUACCUGGGAAAAAAGGAUGCUAAUGGGAACGAAGCACUAAAACCUUUGCCUGUGGCCUUUUUAUUGUUUAUAGCACUUCUGUUUUUAAGAUGGGACUAGUUACCUGUUGAGGUACAGCACAGAAUUCAGAUAGUCUUGGUGCUAGUGUGAUUUUUAUAUCCUUCAAACGAGCACAUCUGGAAGCAGUUCUUUUCCGAUUUGGAAACUCUUUAAAAACAACCAGCAGCAGUGAGUGAAGCCAAGCAGAAACGCCUGACUACAUGCUGUUUGUCCUGUGGCUUUAUUGCCUCAUCUCCCCUCUUUGCCUACAAUUUUAAUGUAGUGACAUGGAUGCGCUGCACAUUGCAAUAGAUAAUUUAGCAAUAUGGGGGGGGG